AUGGCAAAGAAAAACCCUAGGCUAGCUGGGCAUGGUGGUGCAGAUGGAGAACUUAAUGUUCUAGAUGAUAUUUUAACUGAAGUUCCAGAACAGGAUGAUGAACUCUAUAAUCCAGAGAGUGAACAAGAUAAAAACGAGAAAAAGGGAUCAAAAAGAAAAAGUGACCGGAUGGAAUCUACUGAUGCCAAGCGACAGAAGCCUUCUGUCCAUUCCAGACAGUUGAUUUCUAAGCCACUAAGCUCAUCUGUUAGCAAUAACAAAAGAAUUGUUAGUACAAAAGGAAAGCCAGUUGCAGAAUAUAAAAGUGAGGAAUAUCAAAGAUCUGAAAGAAACAAGCGUCUAGAUGCUGAUCGGAAAAUUCGUCUGUCAAGCAGUGCCUCCCGAGAACCUUAUAAGAGUCAGCCUGAGAAAACUUGUCUAAGGAAAAGGGAUCCUGAGAGGAGGGCCAAAUCUCCUACACCAGAUGUUUCCGAGAGAAUUGGGCUAGAAGUUGAUAGACGUGCAAGCAGAUCCAGCCAGUCAUCCAAGGAAGAAGUGAACUCUGAAGAAUAUGGCUCUGAUCAUGAGACUGGCAGCAGUGGUUCUUCUGAUGAGCAAGGCAACAACACUGAGAAUGAGGAGGAAGGAGUGGAGGAAGAUGUAGAGGAAGAAGAGGAGGUGGAAGAAGAUGCAGAGGAAGAGGAGGAGGUAGAUGAGGGAGAGGAAGAGGAAGAGGAGGAGGAAGAGGAAGAGGAGGAGGAAGAAGAGGAAGAAGAAUAUGAACAAGAUGAGAGAGACCAGAAGGAGGAGGGAAAUGAUUAUGACACUCGAAGUGAGGCCAGUGACUCUGGUUCUGAAUCUGUUUCCUUCACGGAUGGAUCUGUCAGGUCUGGUUCAGGAACAGAUGGAUCAGAUGAAAAGAAGAAGGAAAGGAAGAGAGCUAGAGGCAUAUCACCAAUUGUUUUUGAUAGGAGUGGAAGCUCUGCAUCAGAAUCAUAUGCAGGUUCAGAAAAGAAGCAUGAGAAAUUAUCAUCUUCCGUUCGUGCUGUCCGAAAAGAUCAAACCAGUAAACUCAAAUAUGUCCUUCAGGAUGCAAGAUUUUUCCUCAUAAAGAGUAACAAUCAUGAAAAUGUGUCUCUUGCCAAAGCUAAGGGUGUAUGGUCCACACUGCCUGUAAAUGAGAAGAAGUUAAAUCUUGCAUUUAGAUCCGCAAGGAGUGUUAUCUUAAUAUUUUCUGUCAGGGAAAGCGGAAAAUUCCAAGGCUUUGCAAGACUUUGUUCAGAAUCUCACCAUGGAGGGUCUCCUAUACACUGGGUGCUUCCAGCAGGAAUGAGUGCGAAAAUGCUGGGUGGUGUCUUUAAAAUUGACUGGAUUUGCAGGCGUGAAUUACCCUUCACAAAGUCAGCUCAUCUCACCAAUCCUUGGAAUGAACAUAAGCCAGUAAAGAUUGGACGUGAUGGACAGGAAAUUGAACUCGAAUGUGGAACCCAGCUUUGUCUUCUGUUUCCCCCUGAUGAAAGUAUUGACUUGUAUCAGGUCAUUCAUAAAAUGCGUCACAAGAGAAGAAUGCAUUCUCAGCCCAGAUCAAGAGGACGUCCAUCCCGUCGAGAACCAGUCCGGGAUGUGGGAAGGCGUCGACCAGAAGAUUAUGAUAUUCAUAACAGCAGAAAGAAACCAAGGAUUGACUAUCCACCUGAGUUUCACCAGAGACCAGGGUAUUUAAAGGAUCCAAGAUACCAAGAAGUAGACAGACGAUUUUCAGGAGUUCGCCGAGAUGUGUUUUUAAAUGGGUCCUACAAUGAUUAUGUGAGGGAAUUUCAUAACAUGGGACCACCACCACCGUGGCAAGGAAUGCCCCCUUAUCCAGGAAUGGAACAGCCUCCACACCAUCCUUACUAUCAGCAUCAUGCGCCACCUCCUCAGGCUCAUCCCCCUUACUCAGGACAUCAUGCAGUACCACAUGAAGCAAGAUACAGAGAUAAACGAGUACAUGAUUAUGAUAUGAGGGUUGAUGAUUUCCUUCGACGCACACAAGCUGUUGUCAGUGGUCGGAGAAGUAGACCCCGUGAAAGAGACCGGGAACGGGAGCGAGACCGCCCUAGAGAUAACAGAAGAGACAGAGAGCGAGAUAGAGGACGGGACCGAGAAAGAGAAAGAGAGCGACUUUGUGACCGGGACAGAGACCGAGGGGAGAGAGGUCGAUAUCGAAGAUAGAGUUAUGGGAAGCACUGAUUGAAGAUGGAAAAAAAUCUUGUAUUUUGUGUGUGCGUGCGCGCGUGUGUGUGUGUGCGUCUGUGUGUGUGUGUGUGUGUGUGUUUACACGUAGUUUAUUUUCAGCUGUCUACUUACUCAUUGUGUAGAAGGAUAUACUAUCACCCUGUUUGUUCCAAGCAUGCAGUAUAAUAACUGGAAAAACUCAAAUCCACCAAAAAUGCAAUUAACAGUUGUUUGUCACUUUUAUUGAGGCAGAAUGGAACAGUCCAAGAAUGUAGAUAUUGACUCGUUCUCCAUAAAUGUUCAUCUUAUAGUUUUCAUCUUAGAGUGUUUUUUUGUUUUUUUCCUUUUCAGUCUUUGAUUGACAACUGCCAUGGUAUUUUGCUUUGAUGUAUAUAUACGUGUAGUUGCACACGGUUCAGUAAAAAUAAUGCUGCUAUCAAGUAUGCAAAUACUGGAGUAUGAUGGUUUGACUGUAUGGCAGUGUUGUAGCAGCCUCUUGGUUUUUACUUAUUUU